AUGUCUAAUCCCGACUCGUCCCAGUACACGCCCACCCACGUCUCUUCCUCAUCCUCAUCCUUCUUCGAGCUCAACCGCGGCCACCUUCAUCGUCUGAACCCCGGCAGCGCUUCCCCCCUACUCUACAGCCGCAGCCACACAGCAUCCCCCCUCUCGAGUCCCUAUGCUCUCUCUCCUCGCCGCUCAGACCCUCUUCGCACCCACCGCCUGCGAAACAUUUUCUCCGCCUCGACCCCAUCGCGAACAUUGGGCUACACUGGCUCCCAAUCCACACGCCCAGAAUCCGAGAGCGCGACGAAAUGGAUCCAUUCUCUAAAAUCCAAAGCUCAGCGUGCGCUAGAGGAAGAUCUGCAGUCAGAUCAGGAGUUUCAGGUGCUAAUCGAGGCCGAAGAGCGUCGCACGCAGAAAAUGUUUGAGUUUUCCUCCUCGAUAGUCUCAAACGACGAGACCGAGACUGUCAGAUCGCAAGCAUUUGAGACAUUGGAGAAAGUACUACUUUCUGAGAAAAAGAAGCGCGAGUCAGAGAUAGCCGAGGCAACGGACAGCGUCAAGCGUCAACGACGAGAAGAUCCAGCCGCAGCAGCGUCGCCGGCGGCUCGGCCCGUAACCAGCACUGUCACCCAGCCUUCGCUAUUCAAUCCCUCGCGCUAUGCAGAUAGCGCAUCUUCAUACUCUAGGAAAAAGCAUAGUCCGAUUCGGAUCUACGAGGACCCGCAGUCUCGAUCGGGGUCAGAGUAUAACAGCUACGGAGACAGUGGCCGGUCUGAGGACGACGGCGAGGUUUACGCAGACGAGAACGUCGAUCCUUUGGUUCCUGAGAAUGAAGAAUCGAGAUCGGGAUCUGAGGGAGAUCUCGUGGAUGAGUAUGACGAAGAAGAAAUUGAGGAGGAGUAUGAUGAAGAAGCAGAAGAGCCAGAGCAAGUCAUGCUCUUAGGAGAAGACGAAGAAUCAGAAGCCGAGUCAACUAAAGACUAUCAGAGUCGGUCGAGCGAGAGUGCAGACUAUGAGGAGAACCCUGCAGACAGCGCAGAACGCGAGGAACCGGUAGCAGCAGACACUUACAGCGAGCCGGAAGAAGAUGCUGGAAGUCAAAAUCAUAACCUACUCAGCACUGCACAAUCCCAAGGCGAGAGUGCAGACUACGAGCAAAACCCCGCAGACAGCGCAGAAAGCGAAGAGCUGCUGGCAGCAGACUCAUACAGUGAGCCCGAAGUCGAGAUCGGAAAUCGAGAUCAACCACUUCUCAGCGCCACCGAAUACCAGAAUAUCGCCCGAGCAUUGGCCGUUCAUAAUCCUUCAGUGUUUGACACCGUUGGUCCCGGCGUUAUCGCAGAGUCGACUCCUACAUUUUCUCAAGAAAUUGGUGGUUCGGAAGUACCUCUCGACCCCGCUCUUUUUUCGGUCAGUACCGAGGACCUCAUUUCUCAACCCCCAGUUUUUUCUGAGGGAGCCGAGAAAGAGGAAGAAGAUGAAGAUCGGGUCCAUCAUAACGACUCGGGAGAGGAGAUGUACUCUGAUGAGUUGGAGAACGCGUCGGAUGAAAGUAUGGGAGUUUAUCAAGAUGACGACGAAGGCGAGGAGGAGUAUGAUGAGACAUUCGAGGACGGAAAUAGUGAACGGCGCCGUGAGAGUGCUUUCAUCAACGAGGACGACGAGGCACCUGAUUCCGAGUCGGAUGAAGAGGAGUAUGAAGGGGAAACAAGAGAGGAGUCGGAAGUGGAAGAGGAGGCCGAUGAUGACGGGCCAGGUGCGCAAGGAUCCGAAGGCUCGAGCGAGAUCAGCGACGGUGAAAAAAGUCCAGAGCCUUCUCGUCAGCAUCUCCGGUUCACUGGCAAAACGCGCCCAUCGGCUAUCUCUCUGAUUGAUUCCGUGCGCUACACAACGAGCUACAGGGGUGACUCGGAUGAUAGCGAGGAUGAGGGAGAGGGAGAUGCUGAGGAAGAGGAAAUGGAGGAAGGCGAGGGUGAUGAAGACGAAGAAGGCUACGAAGAGUAUGACGAAGAGGAAGAAGAAGAGAAUAUGCAGCGUGCAAGUAUCAAACAGGCCGGUACCGCCGCCGACGCAAUCACGCUCUCAAGUGACGACGAAGACGAUGUUGCAGCACCAACAGCAACCGGAAACGAUGCCGAAGCCUCGUCUUCCCCCACGUCCGAGUCUGGGUCGUACAGCGGUGAAGAAUCCGACGGCAAUGAAGAGGAUAACGACAGACGACAUGCCGCGGAAUCAUCCGGAUCGAUGUGGACGCCGUCGAUUCCUAAGAGCGGCAGCAGGACGCCGAACGAUACGCCUCUGAAAUUCUCAGGCUUUGAAGAUACAUUUGCACCCGCUGACGAGGAAGAGUCCUCAAGUUCUCAAGAUGAAGCAGAGGAUGGAGAUGUUGAAGACCAAGCUGAAGACGAAGAAGGUGAUCGGGAGAUUGCAAACGAAGAGCUCUCGGAUUAUAGCAACGGCCACGGCGAUGACAGCGACGUCGAAGAACAAAAAGUGCAGCUGGAGGAGAUUCGGAAAGAGCUUGAAGUCGAGCGAGCGGAAGGUGAGCUCGACGACGCACCAGAAGAUCUGUCGGCGCCGGCGAGGUCGGGCAAAGAUGAGGAUGAGGAUGACGAGCCGUUUAUUGAGGAAGAGACGCAGACACCGCUGGUUCAUGAGUCAGAUAGCGACCCUGAUGCGCAUUAUCCGGAGGAGUUUGACGACUACGAUACUGCUGAGACGCAGGAGAAGGGAGUUAUCGAGACUGCUGCAGAGGCUGGCGUGCCGGAAAGUUUGCCGGUAGGCGACAGCGCUGUCGAAGAGACUACGAGUGGUGAACGAGUUAAUAAUGCGCGGUGA